CCUGUUGAAAUUUAUUUAGGUGGAAACUUAUUUGAAGGCAAUGUUAGUAUUUAAGAGAUAUAUACAAAAUAAGAAAAAGAUUACACAAUUCUCACUUGUUAGCAAUCCUGUGUUGGAAAAAUGCAAUUUUCAUCCAAUAAACAUUUAUCUUUCUUUUCAAAAAUAGUACAGUUCAGAAAUAUGUCAGGUUACUCAUCAGUUCUCACUUGAAUUCUUAUUUUGUAGUAAUUUGAGUAAGCAAUAAAUAUGGGUACAAAGGGUGAAUAUGACUUUAUUGUAAUAUAGUACUAUACCUUAGUUCCUAGUAAAUGUUUACUCUUUUUUUAUUAUAUAUAUAUGGGAGAGGGCAAGUAGCAUAUGUUUAGUUUAAUUUUGCUCUGAUUUCUUUGUAAGUUCCUUGAAACACUCAUCUUUUUUCUUGUUACAAGGCAGUAAAUAACAUAGAAAUGAUUAUUUUUAUUUUUUUCUGUUGAACCUCUUCAGGGUUCUUGUAUAGAAAAAAAAAGUGGGGGCAGCCUUUGGCACCCUAAUCUUUUUUUAAAAAAAAAUAAAGUUGAGCCCACUGAAUUAACAACACAACAGAAUGUCAACAGAAAAUACCAUACAAUGCACAUAUAUAGGAGUAAAGCUAUAGAGAUUAUCUUUAAACCAACUUGAAAAUAAGUUUAUAUUUACUCUCAAGUGAGGGAGUAAGACAGCAAGCACAAAUCACUUCACAACGAAUGUUUUCAAACUGGGUGGGGGAAGAAGGGAGGCUUAUCAGGGUUUAUGUUAAAGCCAGCCUCUUUUUUUCUCAGCUCUGUCUUUACUUUUCCAUGUGGAAAAGGUUAUCAGACAAGGCAGGCGAAGAGGCUGCUCCCUUUUGGCGGAGCAAUGCACAGAUUCUGACAAUGUAAUACGCAAGAAUUUAGGCUAACAUGAUACACAGCUUCAGCUUGCACUGAAGCUCAAUAAGGAAACCGGACACAAACAAGCAGGCAUAUUACACACACACACAUAUCACACGCGACCAGGUCAAAAGUUGACUGCCUCGCCAGCUUCCCUUCGGAUCCUUUCUUGUUCCGUCCUGGCAGAGCUGAUUUUCCGCCCAAGGUAACAAACAGCGUGAGUAGGCGCCGGAGGGGGAUUAGGUGGGGAUCGUCGUGUCCGUUCCUGCUGGCUAAAGGUCCGGGCCGGAUUUUGCACCUUGUCCCCGGGACUCCCUGACGGAGAGGCUGCGGCUGUGUUUAUUGAGCGCUCUUGUCCUGGUAUCACUCCGCUGGCAUGGAAGAGGAGGCGGAGGAGGUGGAAGAGUAACGCACUUGAUCCUUGUGAUGGUGGCAGAGGAGAAGCAGCGGGCAGAGCAGAGCCCGAGCCGGUCCCUCUGCGUACUGUAGCAGCUCCGCGGAGGCUCUCCCAGUCCUUCAGCCAGCUACCUUUUGCAGAUCGCCCCGGAUUGUUCACGUGUUGAUUUCCUCCAGCCAGAGGAUUUGCUUUUUUAGGUUCCCGUUGAAAAAUACAACUGAGCAGCCAAAGUACUUUGAGAACACGGUGCGGCAUAAACACCCAAACUUUUUCCCCUCCCUUUUCUCCCCCCUCCCCCUGGAAAGAAAACACAAUUAAGAAAGCGGCGUUGCCUGUUUUCUGAGGGUGUGAGGUGUGAAUGCGUUGUGGGUCGUACAUGUGUAUUCCUUGACCAGUGGGUGCCCGUCCUAGGUAUUUUGUGAACGUGUAGAGUGCGAGUGCGGAAAGGCUCUAUUCCCACACAAGGCUUUUUGGGGACGUUCUCUCCCCCUCCCCUCCUGCUUUAUGUUUCAAUACAUGGGGGAGACCAAGGAGGCUUUCGGUCCGGAAUUUCUUUCGGAAAGGAUGGAUUAUUUCAAAGGGGAGCAGCUCUGAGUUCGCCUCCGGAGUUUGCAACCGAGCGGCGGCGGAUGCCUUGUUUGUUGAUUGUGUCUGGCGAUAACCUUACAGCACCACCUCCGGGUUUGGGCUUUUUCUGCUUUUGGCGUUUUUUUACCCCUCCCUCCCAUCCGAGAGGAUCGGCAAGAAAGAGGUUUUGUUUCGUUGUUUACAGCCCCCAAACAUUUUUUGCUUGGGUCUGUUAGCGUUUCCAUGGCCCACUAAAGAGUAUCCCAAAAGGAGGAUUCGCCUCCCUUCGCCGUGUCUGCCUGCUGUGUGGCGCCCGCGUGUAAAAGGAGAGGGGGGAAAAGUUCUUCCAAAAUAGUGUGCACGGGGAAGGGGAUGGGGGAUUUUCCAACCCCCGCUGCCGCCACGAACGGCAGCAGCAUUUGUCUCAAUAACCUGAGCAGCAGCCUCGGCGGGGCCGGGAUCGGCGUGAACAGCGCUCCCCACGGGCCUCCUCCCGGUCACAAUGCUACUCAUAGCGGCGGCGGUGGUACUAACGGGAGCGGCGGCAUUCCCAAGCACAGCACCGUGGUGGAAAGGCUCAGGCAGCGCAUUGAAGGCUGCCGGAGACAUCACGUCAGCUGCGAGAACAGGUACCAGCAAGCCCAGGCCGAGCAGCUGGAGCUGGAGCGAAGGGACACAGUGAGCCUUUACCAGAGAACCCUGGAGCAAAGGGCCAAGAAAUCGAGCUCCGGCGGUGGCAGCAAGCAACCACAUUCGAGCAAACAGCCACAAGAUGCCGAGCCUGCUACAGCCGAGCAGAGGAAUCACACACUGAUCAUGCUUCAAGAGACAGUGAAGAGAAAAUUAGAAGGAGCACGUUCACCCCUCAAUGGAGAACAGCAGAAUGGUGUCUGUGACAGAAGCUUCUCUCCAACUAAUAAGCGGAUACGGAAAGAUGUACAUGGGAUUGAGAGAGUCAAUAGUUUGCCAAACAAUUUGCCUUUGUCUUCUAUUUCUCCUCUUCACCAGCUUGACCUAAAGCCAUCUUUGCCACUGCAAAACAGUGGAACUCAUGAGGGUACCCUGGAAGACUUAGGUAAAAAUGGUGGACUUUCUGACCUAAAACUCCCAAUCAAUGGAUGUACCGAGCUUGAAGAUAGUUUUAACAUUCUGCCCAACAAUAGUAACAGCAACAAAGAACUGAAACAAGAGCCCGUGGAUGAUCCCAACUGCACUGACAAUUCUGACACAUCCCUUUCCAAUCAGAAUAAACUCUUCUCAGACAUUAACCUGAAUGAUCAGGAGUGGCAGGAAUUAAUAGACGAGCUAGCUAACACUGUUCCAGAAGAUGAUAUACAAGAUUUGUUCAAUGAAGACUUUGAAGAGAAAAAGGAACCUGAAUUUCCGAGACCAGCCACAGAGAUUCAGGAGAUUGCCAGUGUUAAAAGUGAUCCAUGUCACUCUCCAUUUGCUCACCUACCAACAGGCUCUCCCCAGGUAAGACCGUCAUCAUCAGGGCCACCAUUUUCAAAUAUCCCUACAGGUCCCAGCCUCGCUGCAGGAUCUAAUGGUCCUCCAGCUCCAAGCCUGGAUAGUUCACUAGCAAACUAUGUCGUUCAGUCCCCUCAGACUCCCAACCAAGCUCAUCCUUCAAACCAAACUCAGUCACGAACAGGCAAUAGUUUCCACAUGAAUCCAACAACAGUGACAACAGCAGGCCCAGGGCCUAGCCAAGUAACUGUGACUAGCACUGACUUGUCUCCAGCUGAGCAGUUGAAGCAGAUGGCAGCCCAGCAGCAACAGCGGGCUAAGCUGAUGCAGCAGAAACAGCCGCCACAGCAUCCAAAUCAAGUAUCUAGCUGGUCGCCAGUGGGACCUCCAUCUAGUCCUUAUGGAGGACCUUUCAGUACAGAUAAACCAAAUAGCCCAAUGAUGUACCCCCAAGCCUUUAACAACCAAAAUCCUGCAGUGCCUCCCACGGCAAACAACUCACAAAAGACUACAAUAAAUAACUACCUCCCUCAAAACCAUAUGAAUAUGAUUAGUCAGCAGCCAAAUAAUCUGGGUACAAACUCUUUGAGCAAACAAGGCAAUAUGCUUUCUUAUGGCAACACUAAACCUCUGUCUCAUUUCAAUGCUGAUCUUAGUCAAAGGAUGACUCCACCAAUGUCCAAUUCCAACAAGAGUCCUUUGAUGCCAUAUAUGCAGCAGCAGCAACAGAUUCCCCAACAGCCACCAAUUCAGGCUCAAAUUACACCUUUGAGUGAGGAGCAGAAGCGCAUGCUUAUUUUGAAGCAGAAAGGAAUGAUGAACCAGCCAGUAGCUUAUGGAACUCUUCCAUCUCUAGGUCAGGACCAGCACACUGUGGCAUUGUCUCGAUCCACAGGUCCCAUGCAGCCCACUGUACCUUCAGGACCCAGUAAUGUGGGCACAAAUCCUGGUAAUGCCAAUUUCUUGAGCAACCAACCUCAAGCAGCCAUUAUGAAGCAGAUGCUGAUUGAGCAAAGGGCCCAACUCCAUAUGAUGGAGCAGCAGAAGCAACAGUUUCUUCUAAGGGAGCAACGGCAGCAGCAGCAGAUCUUGGCAGAACAACAUUUACAGCAACAGUCACAUUUGCCUCGGCAGCACUUUCAGCAACAGCAGCGAAAUCCUUAUCCAGUCCAACCAGUCACUCAGUUUCCAGGUUCUCCACAAGAUAUAGGUGCAGUAAGAAAUCAGACUGUCCUUCAGAGCAUGAGGACUUCCCAAAUGAUACCUCAGAAUGCUAGCAUGAUGUCUUUGGGGGCCUCUCAGAACACUGCAGCAAUCUCUGCAACAGGUAGUCAGCCUGAGAUGGGAAUGACUCCUUACAGCAGCUCAAUGACUGGCCAGCCAGGAAUGUACAACAUGAACUCUGGAAUGAGCCAAAUGUUGCAGCACCCAAACCAAAAUAAUAUAAAUAUAACACACAAUCCAAGUCAGGGGCCAAGGCAGCCCAGUUCAACACAAGGAGUUGGCAUAGUCAGCAGCUUUGGUCCAAAUGUUUUAGUAAACUCUACUGUAGCUCAACAACAUCAGCAAAUGAAAGGACCUGUGGGACAAGUUAUGACCAGAACACAAGCCCCCAGACUUCAAAAUAUGAUGGGGUCAGUCGCACAAGGAACAGCAAACUGGCAGGCAAGAGGACUGCAAGGUAUUCCUGGAAGGACUAGCAAUGAAAUUGGAUCUUUCAAUAAUGGAUCUGCUUACUCAAUGCAAUCAAGUCAGCAAAGGCUGCCUAAGCAACAUUUUCCUCAAAGUAUUGGUCAAUCUAUUAUGGACACAAAUGGAGCAGUUCGGUCACUGAACUCAGGUGUAGGGAGACAGAUGUUGCAACAACUCCCUGGACAACAAGGAACCAAUAACCAAUCCAGAUCAAUGGUUAUGGCUACAAUAAGUCAGGCAGUUUCUUCUCUAACUGGUUUUAAUCAGUCUUCUGCACAACAAAUACCAGGAAGUAGCUUCAGUCAGAACAGCCAAGGUCAGAUCUACGAGAGGAAUCCCACUCAAGACAUAUCUUAUAGCUAUAGCAGUGAAGGAACUGGAGGCUCCUUUCCAAAUAUAACUGAAAGCACCGAUCUUGUAGAUUCCAUCAUUAAAAGUGGUCCAGGAGAUGAAUGGAUACAAGAACUUGAUGAACUGUUUGGAAAUCCAUAGCACAUGGAGACGUUCAGUUCCAAUAUUUAUGGGGUCAAAAAAGGAAAGCAGGAUGAUGUCCAUCCUUGUUUCUUUGUUUUGUUUUUAAAGCUGUGCAAAGCUAGCUGAUCUGUGAAGGCAUAGAUGGAAUUUGAAGCAAUGACAAAAAGUCCUUGCCAACUUCCCACAGCAGUCUCCUAUCUGCUGCAGGUCAGAAUGAGAGAGAGAAAGAGAGAUUGAGAGAGAAAGAGAGAGAGAGAGAGAGAGAAGCUCAAAAAGUGCUGCUUUCUGCCUAUGGGUCACAGAAAGUGGCAGGCAGUUUCCAUGUGCCAAAGCACUGGCUGUCCUCUAACAAUGCACUUUCUAUGCAGUUCUCUAAGAGCUGUUGUAGUUUUCAGGAUACAGAACAGGCAGCUUCUGAGAUAAAGCAGGAGAGUCAAAGCUAGGCGACUGCACAAGUGACAAACACAAAGACCUUAACUCUGAAUUUAAUAAAUACCAAGCUUUUCCAUGCAAUGUGUGUAAUCUGAUAGAGAACUACGUAAAGGUUGUUUGAAUGUGGUAAUGACAAUGAUACCAGCACUGAACAAGUUCAGUCAGUGCCCUAUCAAUGCUUCUUAAGGUGCAUGAUGUAUUCUAGUGAAAGAGUUCAUCUUUUCUCUAUUGUCCAUUUCCUGCAUAAUCAAGUGAUUCCUGACUUUAACUAUGAGGAAAAACACAGCGUAGGACAAGCAAGAUUGUAUAAUAAUUGUAUUACUCACUGGCUGCCUCCAAAGAUAGUGAUGCAAUACAAAAGCAAUUGAAAAAAGGGAGAUAGGUCUAAGGAAAUGAAAACAUUGAUAUUGAGUGUGUUCCAGAGGUGGUAUUCAGCCAGUUCUCUCCAGUUCAGGUGAACCGGUAACGGUGGCUGUGGGAGUCUCCACCCACCCACCCCGACAUAAUGCGUGAGCAGUGCACAUGCACAGAAGGCGGCACACAUGUGCAGACACGGUGCAUGUGAGUGAAGCAAGCGCGUGCGUGCUCAUAUUUACGAACCAAUAGGGAAGGUGACUGAAUCCCACCUUUGGUGUGUUCUUUUUAUGAACAUACAGGAUCAAGUGAAGUUGGGCUAUACAAACUUUUGGCUUGAUCUUCCAAAGAUGUCAGGAGAAUCAAGGAACAACUGCUCUAAAGAUCACACAGAGAGGGGCCAAUAACUGUAUUGGCUGCCAUAUACAGUACAUUGAACACCCCUAUCGAAGCACCCUGGACAGAUUGAGAGUGAGUUUAUGGUCUAUGUUCUUCAAACACAUGUCCUCCUUUUUACACGUCCUAUUUUCUGCAAGCCCUAAGCUCUUUAAAAUGACUAAGCUGAUCAAUGAAAAGCAAAUUUAAAAAAAUAAAAAUCCAUUGAUGUAAUUUUUAGUAGCAGUUGUAUAUAAGCAUAUGGCAUUGCAAAUAUUUUUUCAUAGAGUUGUGCAAUUUGAAGUACUAGAAUUUAACUGCAAGUCUUUUAGGUCCUUUUAAGAGUUUAGAUUGGCAUUAUUUGUAACAUUGGAAAUUAAAUGUGUGACCACCUAUCUGUAUGUUGAACAUGGGGUUCAUGUUAAAUACAUCCACAUCCAGAGCAUUCUCAGGGUCUGUUUUAUAUGUUUUUUCUUACAUACAGUUUUCCAUCUAAGCUCAUUGUUUUAGAGAUAAUAUUUUUGGUAGAAUAGCAGCAGACAGUGAGGAGACUAUUUCUGCAGCCAUUCAUUCUCUGGUUCAUGACAUUCUCUGAUUGUAUCUCUUACACACUUUUCCAGGAUAAGAUUACCAUGAAUAUUGGAAGAAAUGUUUUAAAAGCAUGUAGAGAAGCACUGAACACCUCAUUUAUCCAUAAUUUUCUUCCUCUAGAAACAGCUUUUCCUGAAAUAUGAAGGAGUGGGCAGGGUUUUAGUUACGUGUUAUACUUAAAGUAUUUUUAGCCCAUCAAACACUUUGGGUUUGGCUAUAAGAUUUAAAUGGCAUGGGAGUAAAAUUCCUAUAUACAGUCUGCCGUAUAUCCUACUGAAAUUAUUGGCAGAUUUUUUUUUGCUGACUCUCAUGAGAGUUAACUUCUUGUCAGUACUAAAAUAUACAUUGACCAAUGCAUUUCCACGUUGGUAGAUUUGACAUUUGGCCUAAAAAUUGUGUCCUUAUAAAAAAUAAAUUUUAUCAUGCACUCUGCACAGUGUGCCAAAUUGAUCAUAGCACAUACAUAGGAGUGCAUGCAAAGAUCCAAAGAAGUUUUAAUCCACUCAUGUAUCAAAUGUAUUUAAUACAACUCGACCACAUUCAGAUGAAAAAGAAAAGAAAUUAGUGUUAGUGUGCUACAGCAGUCAGAUGAAGCUUAAAAAUGUGACCAGUUAAAUAUGCAAAAAUUAGGAAAGAAGUCAAGUGAAUGUUUUAUCAUCUCCCUCAAAAAAAAAACAUUAUUCUUUACUGGAAAUAUUGAUAAGAGAGGAUUUAUGGGGCAAUCCUAUGUAUGUUUAUUCAGAAAUAGGUUCCAUUGUCUUUGAACUAAACCCAGGUAAGGGGCUAUAGAAUUUCAACAUUAAAACAUGAGUUUCAUCUACACAAAUUCCAGUAAGUUCCUUUUUAUUAGAAUAAUAGAGAAAUUAACUUUGUGUUUGAUAAUGCAUUCAUAGAAAGUUUAUUAUAUUUGUAAAUUUUCCUCAAAGUCCUUUAAACUGGGACCAAGUAAUAAAAAAUACUGUUUAAUAUUGGGGGAGGGCUCUUUUUAACUAUGGUGCUGGUGUACAUGAAAUGUUUUUUUUUUUAAAAAAACUUGUAAAUAUGUUUUUACAAUCUGCUGAUAUCACUGGGUCUAGUCUGUAAAAUAGAAGCAUAUAAAUAAAUAUUGUAUUAUAUUGUGCUAUAUAUAUAGAUGUAUAUAAAUAUAUAUACAUGCACACACAACAUGCAAACACAGACAUAUGUAUGUAAUAUGUUUGUUUAAAAUAGAAUUUUAUUUCAUUUUCAUUUAUCUAUAUUGCAGUGAUAACUGCACUUCAGAUGUCCUGUUACCAGUUUGUACUGUAUCCUAGCCAGCAACCUGUUCCAUUUUAUUCAAACUUUUUCUAAUUUACUUUUUUUUUCACUUUUCACAUUAAAUGUUGCUUAUUUCAUUUUGAUAAUUGUACGA